CGAUAGAUUCUAAAUUCAGAAGUCCAAAAAAACUCGAAUUCAGAAUCGAAUGCCACAAAAAAAGCUCUACCAACACAUUACUACAUUUCUUUUUCUAUGGCUUCACGAUUAUAUAUACAUAUACACAUACAUGUAUAUAUAAAAGUGAGAGAACCCCACUUUGUUCCGGAGAUUCCAUAUGUUUCACCGAAAAGUAAGAACAUGAGAUCUAUCUGAAAACUCACUUUAGCUUUUUUAUCAUUAUAGGUUUUUCUUUUCUCAAGGGCUUUGUUCAGUUCGAUUUAGUACAAUAGUAAAAAGGGGAGUGUGUGUGGCCCUAUUCAUAAACCGCCUUUUUGUGCCCCAUGUAAAUUCUAGACAGAAUGUUAGAAGUUAGAACCCAUGAAAACUAGAAUCCUUUCGCCUGUUUUCAAUAGAAACUCUUAUAUGACAAAAGACACAUGAAAACAAAAGUUUCUGCAUUCAUAUUUCAUACUAUAUUACUAUGAAUGUUAUAAUCAAAAGCUUAUGCAACCCCAUAAAGCAGAAUCAUAUAUAUCGUCGUCGACGGCCGGAAAUUAGAUGAGUAGAUUUGAAUUUUCCCAAUCAUGAGUAUAUGUAUAUAUACACACACAUACAUAUAUAUAGAUAGAUAUUAGAAAUUGUACUUGAAAUUCCUUUUCCUCCGUAAUGAGUUUUCUCUUUGCAAUUAUAGCUUUCUUACAAUUCCCCCUUUCUCAAGUUUUCUUUUAUUCCAUCUCCUACUAGUCAUGGCUUCUCUCUCCCCUCCAAAGAAAUCUCUUAUUCUUUACCUCACGAUUUUUUUUCUCUUAUAUAUAUACUCUCUCAAUGCAUGAGAAGGAACUUCUACUUCCCUUAUAUUUCUGGUUUCUCCCACUAAAACCUGAGGGCGAGGGCAAUAACAUGACUCACUUAGCUCUUAUUCGAUGUUUCCCCGCCCUUCUUUUCUAUCUUCUAAUCACUUCAGCUCCAAAUGCAUUAGCUCAGGGACAAGGUGAUUUACCGGUCGUGAAUCCAACAAACCCCGGUGGCAGCACCACAACCCCGACCAUAACCCAACCAUCACCACCCGCACCAACACAACCAGGGCCAGUCACCACCCCUACUUCACCAGGUGGUGGUGGUGGAGGUGGUAAUUUUGGCUCUGGAGGCGGCGGCGGCGGCGGCGGUGGUCAGUGGUGUAUUGCCAGUCCAAGUGCCUCACCUAAAGCGUUACAGGUGGCUUUGGAUUAUGCCUGCGGGUACGGAGGAGCUGACUGUGGGCUGAUCCAACAAGGUGCGAGCUGUUCCGAGCCAAACACUGUCCAUGAUCAUGCUUCCUAUGCUUUCAACGAUUAUUACCAGAAGCAUCCAGGCUCCGAGAGCUGUGUUUUUGGAGGAACCGCACAACUUACCAGCACCGACCCAAGUAAAGGGAACUGCCACUUCCCAGCAUCAUCUGGAGCAACCAGCACAAGUCCACCAAAUCCACUGAGCCCACCCGCUUAUACUUCACCAACUAAUACGGUCCCUACCACAACCUCGACAACAACACCAACAACACCAACAACAGGCUUCCCUGGUACUGGACCUACCACAACCUCGACAACAACACCAACAACACCAACAACAGGCUUCCCUGGUACUGGACCAGUGUAUGGCGUGGCAGAGCCAACAGGACUUCCAAGUUCAGCAAACCUUGCAUCAGGAAGCUUACUCCCACUACUUGUAGCAGCUGGAAUCCUCAUGCCACUACUUGGGGAAAAAUAUCUUUAAGCGAACAAGAAUUUAAGGGACCCGUUCAUUCCCUACGAAUGAUGAGGGGCUUCUUCCACUUGACUGCCACAAUAGAUGAACUUCAAAGCAAGCAGUCGGAAUCAACAAGAAGAUUUAUUUCAAGACCUUAGUCACUCGUCAUCUAUUAUCUUGCUAUUAUUCAUCUUGGAAGCGUAUUAGUUUACCAUAAGAUGUAGCAAAAACAAAGGACUUAGAUAUAUUGCAUUCUUGUAGACAUAUUAAGCAUAGUGCAUCUUUCCACAGUUUAGAGAAUCAAGUUCUUAAGGGAAUGCUUGAUGAAUACGAGAAUAAUAUUAGACAUAGUUCAUCCUGCAAUAACUCAUAGGAAAGAUAUACAAGAAAGCAAACGAAAAUACUUUCAACUUUCAAGUAGCUAUAUCACCUGUCGCGAUCUACGCAGCUCAAGGGAUGAGCUUCUUUCUUUUCCCAGAUACUUUGAAUAAGAAACACAUUAUCAGUUAGCUCUGCAUUUGCAAUUUCCCUUUCCACGAACUUCAAGCUGGAUGGUCUCACUCCCGAACCAGUUCCAUAUGCAAUCGUCCAAGGCUAAAGAUCAAUAUG